AUGUCUCGCAAUCACGGAGAGGAAGUUCCUCUAGGACCAUUCAACUAUGAAUUGUGCGCAGAACUCCAUAAUCGCAUUUUCCUGAUCGCCUGGACUGGAGCAGGAAAACCCCUGGAGAACAGCUCCAUUUCAACCUGGUGGGGGCAUUUUCAACCCUCUGAAGAACUCGCCGCGCGGUACCAUCCCCAUUUGGUCCGGUUUUUCCAGCGCGUAUACUACCACCCCGAGGCUCCGGAGUUCUGCUACUAUCUCGAAAACCUGAACACUCCUCAUUCCUUGAUUGAUGAACGCUUCAACGACAUAUUCGACGGCAGGGAUUGCUAUCUCGACCUACAUCGCGCCACGAGCUGGUACGACCCCAAUGGCGAUGAAUGGGGGAUCAUAUUCGACCAAAUCACCUGCAAAGCUGUCUUCGCCGAGAGCCGCGAAGCUACCCACCCGAUCCUCAACUAUGGUCACGGCUUCCGGCCGCUCGAAGACAUCUAUGCGGACUACCUCCAGAUGAUCACGGAGAACAAGAUCGAGGCCCAGGUGGAUGGGCAGUGGCCUACUGGGGAUAUCGGGACUGACACGCUGUGUGACUCUACCUUUGAUACGAUCGGUCCGUGGCGGAUCCAUACGUAUACCGCCGCCGACGUCGACAAGGCCGUGCAAGCCUUCCAGGACCUUAUCCAUGAGAUCGAGAUGCGAUUACCCAGCAGCAGCAGCAGCAGCAGCAGCAGCAGCAGGGAUUCCGCACGGCUAACCCUCCCCUGGUCCGACCCCGCCGUGCGCUCAGAAGCCCACCUCGUCCCCAACAGCUUCAUCAACCGCUUCUGCACCGCAACCAGUGCAGCCACCCCCCGCCCGGUUCGCUUCCGCUACCUCGCCCCGGGAAUCCGCCUCCCGACCGAGGCCGAAUUCCGCGCCCAACCGCAGCGAAAUCUCGAAUAUCAAUCUGCCAUGCGCCGUGCACUCCCCGUAGCGCGGCCGAUCAAGCCCACCCUCCUCUUCCUCGCCGAUGAUCCCGCCGCCAACGCGCCGGGGCAGACGGUCACGACCGUCCCCAACCCCGAUCUCUGCCUCAACUCCCUCCUCGCCGACUUCGGCGACGACAAGCACCGACGAACCGCGGCCCCGCGCCCCGCCGGCCUGUAUCUGACGGCCGACGACCGCAGGGUCAAAAGCGGCGAGAACGGCUGCCGCCUGCUGCUGCCGUUCGGGAUCGGGCGCCACGGCUGGGCCCGCCUCAGCGACGGCACGUGCAUGGGCGGCAAUCCGUGGUUGGAUCAGGACCCGGCGGAUGCCAAUUAUGAUCUGUAUCAAUGCGAGUUCAACGGGCUCAUCCCCUUGCGUGACGUGCCGCUGCACCGGGUGCUGGAGAGCUGGGCGCAGCGGGUGCGGGCGGGGGAUUGGACUGUGGGGGAGGAUGGGGUGGCCGACGGGGUGGAGCGGUGGCGGGAGGCCGACACGGAGGCUGGCUGGCGGAAGUAUUGGGUUCCGGUGCGGUGGUGA